AUGCAGAACCCAGCAGACACUGACCCAGUCCGCCAGGCAGUCUCCCACCAUGGCAUAUUGCUUGGACAGCACACCCUGGCACUGAAGGAGGUAAUGGACAGCCUCAGAGAGCUCACCACCCGGGUGAUGGAGAUCCGGGAUCAGGUGAAUCAGCCCUCCAGUUCCGAGACAAGGAGCCCUGGGUUCCUCCCCCGGAUCGAUAUGAGGGUGAUUUUGGAUUAUGUCGUUAAUUUCUGUUACAAUGCAAUCUUGUGUUCAGUCAACAGCCCCAGUCUUACUCAACGGAGCAGUCGAGAGUUGCUUGGCUUCUCCCACAGAGCAGCAGCCCAGGCCCAGGCUGCUCUGUGGGAGAAGCAGUCUCCAGUCACCGCUUCCUAUGCUGCCUUUACCACCGAGAUGAGGAAGGUUUUCGACCAUCCAGUUCGUGGCCAGGAGGCCUCCAAGAGGUUACUCUCCUUGUGCCAAGGUCAAGCUGUCAGUGAGCCUGAUGACAGCCUGCUGAGCAGUGGCUCUAGUGGUAUCAGCAUGGGAGGCCUCAAGUCUGUGCUCAAAGAUGCCGUGUCUCCAGCCUUCGGCGCCACCAUUAUCAUCAUUAUCACGGUUGUCAUGUCUGGCAGUGCCUACCUCUGCUUCCUCAAGUACGUCUGUGCCGACUGCUGCAAGCCUAUGCAGGUGGCUCCUACAGUGGACGUGGAGCCCAACAAGGUGGAGGAGCAAGUGUAGUCGUCGCACUAAAUCAGGCAAGCUCAAAAGAGAGGUGAAAGAAAAUCAUGGAUGGAGUCAGCUGACAACAACAUUAGUGAUUCUGGUCAUAUUGAAACACCAGCAAAGGACGCAAAAUGGAGUCAGUGAUUCCCAUUCAGAAUGCUGCUCAGCCAGAAUGCAGGACUGCAGACCCACACGCCAUAUUUUACCCACACUAGAUUCCUGCAGAGUCACACAUUAUCAUGACAACAAAGACAAAUAUCUUUCAUUAAAGGAUAAUUAUGUUAACACACACCCGUGGGACAAAUUAACCCUUAGUCUUUUCUUAGGAGAACAACAAGUAAUUGAUGAGUAAUGAUGCCCGAACCUCAGGAGGGUAGAUGUUCCCUAAUAAUGGUACUGACAGUCAGCCAGACCAUGCAGUCUAUCAUCUAGUGAACAAUAAAACGUAAAAGUAUUUUUCAAUGAAAUUUUAUUUAACAAAUCACAACACACAUUAUCUCAAAGUACUGUACAUAGUAAGGCAGAAACCUUUAUAAUUAUAGUUACAAUAAUUGUGGAGAGAAGAGAAACCCAACAGUUCACACAAAGAGCAAACAUUAGGCAUCAGUGGAGGAAAAAAAAUGGCAGUUUGAUUGAUGCAUCACGAUCCAAUCAAUUAACUCGGGCCAUUCAAUAUGAUUGGAUGGUGUUUUUACAGGCCUGUCCAUUUCACAAUGCAUU